UAUCAAUAAAAAUAUAGCUGAAGGUAUAAUCUGCGUACACGUUGACUUCUUCAAAUCCCUAAUAUUACACGGAAUAUAUUACCAAUAUUAUAAUCUCGAUCCAAUUCGUUCACCAUACCAUCCAAAAAUAAAAGAGAGGUUUUCAUUAUGUUACAUUCUGACUCAAAAAUAAAAGAAAAUUUGAAGUAUGUGAAAGGAGACAACAGAGAAUAAGAAGACAAACAUUUAACCACAAAAAUCACAAUUUACAAUAAUACUAAGUUUUUCUUCUCUUUCUCUUUUGACUGUGAUGAGAAAUCAGUGAGAGGAAGGUGGAAAAAAAUGGCACAAUGUCAGUGGCAACUGAACUUUCAGACAAGAUUGAAGAAAGAUGUUUCUUGGAAAUGCAGAGGCCUAGAAGCUCUUUCAUUUAACAGAGGAAUUUGUAAUUGGAAAAAAAGAUUGCAGAUGCCACAAUGUUGCAGCAGUUCUUUUCCAGUUUCAAGGGAAUUAGAAGUGGGAAAACAAAGAGGAGAAUGUGUUUUGAAUGAAAAUUAUGGAUGGAAAGUGAGAAGAAUGAUUGAGACUGAACAAGAGAUGAGGAAUGUCGCUGCUGUUCAAGCUGAAGCAUUUUAUGAACCUCUUCUAUUCUUCAAUCACUUCUUCUUUCAAUUCUUUCAGGCUGAAGUACUUUCAGGACUACUUUACAGACUGAAGAAUUCUCCACCAGAUAGGUAUGCAUGUUUAGUUGCGGAGGCCUCAAGUGACACUGCUGAGGUAGAACAGGAUCUUGUAGGAGUUGUUGAUGCUACAGUGUAUAGAAAUACUGAUGUUCUUCAGUACCUUCCUGGAGCAACAGAAUAUAUCUAUAUUUCUGGGAUCGCUGUAUUGAAUAAAUUCAGGAGGCAGAAAGUUGCAACUGCUUUGCUCAAGGCCUGUGAUGUUCUUGCAAGAUCUUGGAGUUUUGAAUAUCUAGUCCUAAUGGCUUAUGAGGAUGAUUUUGGUGCUCGACAAUUGUAUACAAAUGCGGGUUAUAUAGUAGUUUCAGGUGAUGCUCCAUGGAAGACAACAUGGAUUGGUAGAAGAAGACGAGUUCUUAUGGUUAAGCAGGUCUCACAUGAAUCAACUUACAUCCAUUGAAACUGAGAUUUCGAUUCAAGUCUUUUUAACAGCUCCUUUUUAAAUUAGUUAUUCCAAAAUACCUGAUGAAAAUUAGAAUUCUGCAAAUCAAUAUAAGGUGUACAAAACUGUAGCAAUUGAUCUUCAGGAAGAAAAGAGUAUUACAUGAAUCUUGUGAAUAUUUUCUUUAUCUUCAGAGUUACACAGCUGACUGUUCUGCUGUUCUAUCCUAAUAUCAAGUAACUUAACAAGAUUUAAUUGUCUUUUCUCAAGUCUCAUAAAUGAUUGUGAAAAAAAAGAUUUACCUCUUAAGGAGAGUUAUCCUAACCAAAGCUCAAUCUCCCUAAGAAGGAGCUUUUUGAGUA